UGUAAAACAUUAACUCCCUUAUAAAGUAAUUUUUUUUAAAAAAGUUAUCAAAUAGUGGUAUUUUAGAGUGGACAGUGGUGCACAAAGUAGCACACACAAAAAAAAAAGAAAGAAAGAAAGAAAGAAAGAAAAUGUCCAUCAGACUUCUUGAAGAUAUUUCUGAUAGAAAAUAUUUGCUUGUUAACAUUUUAUCUCCCACCAUUCCAAUCUGUGUGUCACCCACAGAUAAAUCAAGUAUCGAGAUUCCAAAGUAGAUUGAUAGAGCAAAUGAGAAAUGUGACAGAAUUCAUCCUGCUCGGCCUCACCCAGAACCCACACAUGCAGAAACUUCUAUUCGCCGUGUUUAUCACCAUCUACUUUCUCACUCUAGCAGGCAACGUUCUCAUUAUAGUGACAGUCACCGCCAGCCCUGCCCUGGGUUCCCCCAUGUAUUUUUUUCUGUCCUUCUUGUCCUUCAUCGAUGGCUGCUGCUCUUCUACCAUGGCCCCCAAAAUGAUAAUUGACUUACUCGCUAAAAAGAAAACCAUCUCCUUCAGUGGGUGCAUGACUCAGCUCUUUGCAGAGCACUUUUUUGGAGGAGUGGAGAUCAUCCUGCUGACAGUGAUGGCCUACGACCGCUACGUGGCCAUCUGCAAGCCGCUGCACUACAUGAUCACAAUGAACAGGCGAGUGUGUGGUCUCCUGGUGGCUGUGGCCUGGGUUGGCGGAUUCCUUCAUGCUCUUAUCCAAAUUCUUUUCAUACUCUGGUUGCCCUUCUGUGGUCCCAAUGUCAUUGAUCAUUUCAUCUGUGACCUUUUCCCUCUACUAAAACUCUCCUGUAUUGAUACUCACACCUUUGGACUUUUUGUUGCAGCCAACAGUGGACUGAUGUGUCUGCUCAUUUUUUCAAUGCUUAUCACCUCCUAUAUUCUCAUCCUUUGCUCCCUCAGAGCCCACAGCACAGAAGGGCAAUGGAAGGCUCUCUCCACCUGUGCCUCACAUGUGACUGUUGUCAUCCUGUUCUUUGUGCCUUGCAUAUUUGUGUAUCUUCGGCCCAUGGUCACCUUCCGUAUUGAUAAAGCAGUGGCUGUGUUUUAUACAAUGAUCACACCCAUGUUAAACCCUUUAAUCUAUACUCUUAGAAACUCAGAGGUGAAAAAUGCUAUGAGGAAUCUCUGGAGCCAAAAAGUAGUCCUGGGUAGCAAUUCAUGUGAAUACAGAAGAUAA